AUGGAUGAGCCAUCAUCUAAGCUGUCUGAGGAAGACCUGGGCAAUGAAGGAACUGAGCUCUGCGAAGCCGAGCCCUCCAAAACGGAGCCAAGGAAGGCAAAGAAGAUACCAAAGGGCCACCGCGGCUGCAGCCACGGUGGCCAUCACAGUCGCUGCCCCUCCAAGAACAUUGAGAGCUUCACCAGCUAUUUCCCCAGGGUGCUGAAGCAAGUCCACAUGGGCUUGAGUCUCUCACAGGAGGCUGUGAACGUCGUGAAUUCCUUCGUGAUGGAUAUGUUUUGGCCCAUAGCCGAAGAGGGUGGGCACCUGGCCCGCAACAACAAGCGCUGUACCAUCACUCCAGAGAGAUCCAGACCUCUGUGCACUUGCUGCUGCCUGGGGAGAUGGGCAAGCAUGCCAUGUCAGAGGCCACCAACAUGGUCAUCAAAUAUACCUCUGGCACAUAGGCUGACCCCUGACCACCGGAACUUUGCAAACAAAAAGCUCUUUUCAGAGCCACUCACUUGGCAGGAAAAGACCUGCAGCACUGAAUAG